ACUUUUUGGAUUCUCUCAUUGCUCAAUCAUCAAGUUCACAAAAAGUCCCUUGUGAAUGCUCCUCAUAAUCCCCCUUUUCUCGCCUAUAUAUAUACCACACACAAAAUCAUAUGGUUGUUGAAGUUGUAUCCAUGCACCAAGAAGGGUAGAUGAUUUUGAAUUAGGGACCCAUCUCAUCACCCCCGUCCCUCCAAGUCAAUUUCUCUCUCUCUCUCUCUCUCUCUCUCUCUCUCUCUCUCUCUCUCUGCUAUGGCUCCUAUGGCAGAAGAGUCCAUCAAAAUUGACAGGAAAAAAGACGAUAAGUCAGUUAAGAAGGAGAUGAUGAACAGGGGUGCAUGGACGGCUGAGGAAGAUAGAAAACUAGCAGAGGUUAUUGAAAUCCAUGGUCCAAAGAGGUGGAAGAAAAUUGCAACCAAAGCAGGGCUCGAUCGAUGCGGUAAGAGUUGCAGACUGAGAUGGAUGAAUUACUUAAGGCCGAAUAUCAAGAGAGGAAACAUAACUGAUCAAGAAGAAGACUUGAUUCUUCGGCUUCAUAAACUCCUAGGAAACAGAUGGUCUUUGAUUGCUGGAAGACUACCAGGCCGAACAGAUAAUGAAAUCAAGAACUACUGGAAUUCUCAUUUGAGCAAGAAAAUAAAUCAAGUGGAGAAACACAGGGAAGGCUCAAGAAGAGAGGGCUCCAGGAGUAAGAGAAGAAGGGUAGUAGAGAAGGCCAGCAAGGAGGGGGAAGGAGAGGACAGUAAAUCUAACGGUUGUGAGGACUCGAAGGACGAAUUCGAUCGUGACGAUUUCUUUGAUUUCUCCAAUGAGAGUCCCCUGACUUUAGAGUGGGUUAGCAAAUUUCUUGAACUAGAUAAUAACCAAUGUGAAUUAUCAUAAAAAUUGUCAAGAAAACUGUGUCAAUAUUGUACGUAGACUUAUGUUUUCUCCAACUGCAAGUGUCUUGGUUCAGUGCAUGAUCAUCAAUUUGGAUUUGGAUUUGAUGCA